AUGACUUCCACCCUGCUUGAGUCAGAAGCUGAGUUCUUGGCCAGAGCCAGGGAAAUCGGCAUGGACGACGGCUUUGUGAAGAUGCUUCAAGCUGCAGGGAUCAAAACCUUUGGAAAGCUGGCGUACAUCUGUGCUGUCAGCCCGCAGAGCGGUGAUGACACUCCACUUAUCAAGGCUGUGGAGAAGAUCCUGUCCCGCGAGCUCACCCCGGUCGAGCUACCGGAUCUUCGUCGGCUAUGGUUCGAGGCUAACACUUUUGCUUUGUCUGAUCUCAAGUCGAGGGUCGAGCGAUCGUCUCUUGAUUCUCUUGAUCCUCCCCGGGAGCUUCCAUUGGCUGAGCGCCUGACUCGCUUGCAGAAUCAGAAGGCCCGGCUAUCUGGCAUCGUGUUCACUGAGCGCGUUGAACCGGCGCAUGGUCUCAUUGACAAGAUCCAGUCCAUGGUCGACUCCGGGACGCUUACGUACUUGCCACCGCACAAGUGCCCAUCCAGAGCUUUGGAAAUCUCCAGUGACAAGCCCGCCCAACAAGUCACGCUUGAUGCUCAAGGGGGCUUGAAGAUAUCCAAGAAGCAUGCCGACCUAGAAUGCGAUGUUCGAGGAGAACUUCGGCUCCGGGAGGCUUUCACUCGACGAGCCUUGGCCUUUGACCAGAUCGGUCUCAUGUCCUUUGCGGCCCAGGAGGCGUGGCACACCUACUUGUUCGACGCUGUGACUCGCGACCCUCCUCCAGGCCAUAAGUUCACCAGCAUUGCUCAGGCUCUGAACGCCGACCGUGAGCUGUGGCAGAUUCUUGCUCAGGAAAGUCGUGGCUCCAUGAAGGUCGUUGGCGGUGUCAAGCCCCCGCUGGAUGUGUUCCUCGAGCGCCUGCAGACUCAUACUCGUGUCAAUGUUUGCCUGGCUAAUCUCCCGCAGGCUUCCGGUGGAGGAAAAGGCGAGAAAGGUGAUCGUGGCGGCAAGGCUGAUGGCAAAGGAGAGCGUGAAGGUAAAGGCCGUGGUGGUCGUGGCAAAGGUCGCGAUGGCAAAGGCGGUCUGAAGCGCAAGUGGGAUGAUGCAUCGGUGGACCCUAAACGUGCUGAGAUCCUUCAGUUGCUGAAGGAGAUGCCUAAAGAUUGUGUGUCGCGCAUGCCGAAGACGCGCCAGUUUCUGUGCGUGCUGUUUCAGCACGGCAAGUGCCCUGAUCAGUCCAGAUGCGAUCGAGGCUUGUGCAACUGCUGGCAUAAGGAUUGCUUCAAGAAAGGGGCUGCCAACGCUGUCUACAGCACGUGUGUUCGUGCCUUGUUUGCUGCCUGGAAGGUUCAGGCUCUCGUUACAAUCGAGAACCCUGCCAGGGCCUGGACGUGGGCCGCGCUCGCUGCUUUGGUAUGCCAGUUUGCGCGAGAUAACUCCUGUCCCGCCUUUGCCGAUUGGUAUUUCGGGCUUCAGGACGUGGCAUUGUCCCUCUGUAUGUUCGGCGGCACACGCCGCAAGGACACACGCCUUCGCUGCACACCACAGGUCUUUACAGACCUAGCCGUUCCUUGCGACAACAAACAUGCCCAUGCUCCUUAUGGGCAGACGAUGCGUAUGGGCACAUGGGUCUUCGACACGUCGUCCGAGGCCCAAUAUCCUCGUCUCUUUUGCCGGAAGCUUGUACAAGCGGCCUCUGUCGCUGUGAGCCCCGCCUUGUUUCGUGAGACCACUCGGGAUAAAGCCACUUCUGCGCGGCCUUCUUGGCCUGUACCUACCGGCCUUGCUCCUUCUGACUCUGACGUUCCUCUUGUUGCGCAUGCUGCCGAGAAGCUCGCCUGGUCUUUGCUCCAGCAGGAGACUUGUACUCAGGCCGAUGUUUUGCAGCUUGUCAGCCUUUUGGAGCCGUCUCAGCGCUCCCGCCGUGGAGCGGCCGCUGAUGGCCUUGCUUGGACGUGUGGUGCUUACGUGUUCUCUGCCGAGGUCGGGCUGCACGGCGUGACCCGGUCCAUGCAGCAUGUAUGUCGCCUCCUCGCGGCCAUCGCUCAGCACUUCGCCCCGGGUUCGGUUUAUUCGUCCUUGGCCGUCUUCGAUGAGUUCUACAGCCCUGAGCAUGUUGAUUCUCACAAUGACCAUUCCUUCUGCAAUGUCAUCAUUCCGCUCUCCAGCUUCUCCGAUGGUGGAGUGCGUGUGCAGGGUCAAACUUUGCCGGUUCAUGCGGAGCCCUGCUUUCUCCAGACCCGUCUGCCGCAUAAGGUUUUGCCUGCCAAGGGUCGCCGAACGGUCCUUGUGGCUUUCACUGUUCGCGACUGGCGGAGUCUUCCGACCCGGGACAUUGCUCUUCUUCGCGACUUGCAAUUUUCUUGGCCUGACUCUUCAGACUGCCCCUCCAAUUUGGCGGGGGAUGACGAGGUUGGAGGACCAGUCUUCUCUCCGAGCUCUAAGAAGGCGUGGGGAGUUUAUCACACGAUGCAGGAACACUUUGAUCUGGCAACCAAACUGGAGCAUCCUGCUGAGGCGGCAGGUACCGUUCCAGAUUGCGUGAGAAGGGCACUAUUCGAUCUGGCCACCAAGGGCCCGGAAGAGAUAUCGAGGAUGAGGCAUGAGACUCUCUUGAACAUUGAGGCCAGGGCCAAGGCGCUCGGGACAAGUGGAGACCACCCCAUCACGGGUGACAAGUGUUUGGAGCUCUUCAGAGAGUUGGUCGAGGAGACUGGUUUCUCGGACAAGGAGGUCUGCCGCUUCAUGGAGGAGGGAGUGUCGCUGGUGGGGGCUGAGACUUCCUCGCCCUUGUUUCCCACCAGGCCCAAGCCUAUGCGAGCCACUCCCGAACAGCUUGAUUCCCAGGCCGUGUGGAGGCGCCGUGAACUUCUCUCGAAGCCGCCACAGAAGCUGUCCCAGGAGGAGCUGACCAUCUUGAAUGACGAGACGGACGAGGAAUGCCGACUUGGUUUUCUCGAAGGGCCUUUUGAUUGCGAGGAGAAGGUGACCGAGAGGCUGGGCACCAACCAGUGGUCGCCAAGCCAAAGAUUUCUGUUGCUUCAAGGAGAGGCAAGAAAACCACGGGUUAUCGACAACUUGAGAGACUCUGGCAUCAACGCUUCCUUCGGGUCUACUUCUUUGUUACAACUUCAUGAUGUGGACUUCGUUGCUGCAUUGGCCCUCUUUGUUUCAAGAGUCUGGACCAACAAGAAGAAGGUGCGUGUUCCCCUUCAGUCAGGUGAUAUCCUCGAAGGUGAGUGGCAUCCACAGAGCAGAGAUGCACGAUGGGUCGGGAGAUGUCUUGAUCUCUCGAAAGCUUACAAACAGGUGCCGGUGGCCACGGGUUCGCUGAGAUACGCUGUCAUUGCUAUGCCGUCACGAGAAUCAAGAUGGAUCUUCUACCUGGCCCGAGGAUUGCCAUUCGGUGGGUCAGGAUCGGUUUUCUCCUUCAACAAGAUUUCUCGUGCGCUAUGGCAUCUCGCGGUGGUGAAGCUGGGUCUCAUCACGUCGGUCUAUGUGGAUGAUUAUCCGACCUUUGAGAUCGUGCCGUUGGCUGCCAACGCAUCGGAUUCGUUCUCCAGACUGCUCAACGCUUUGGGUUGGGCCCACGCCACCACAGGGAAGAAGGCUGUUGACUUCGCAAGCCGCUGGGUUGCUCUGGGGGCGGAGUUCGAUUUUUCCCGUCUCCACGAAGGUUCUCUCGAAGUUCGAAACAAGGAGGGCAGGGUUGAGCGAAUCAAGUCAAUAUCACUACAAUUGACCUUGCCGGAUGCCAACAUUAAGCAGCUCGCCACCUCUCUGCACGGACUGCUGAAUUUUGCAAGCGGCUUUGUUCUGGGCUCGGCUUUGAAGCCCAUUGCGAGGGAGUACUCGAAGUUGGCUACUAGGCCAGCCACGUUUUCUUCAGAGGCCAUUGUCCGGCUCAACGACAUGCUUUGCUCUGUCUUCAGUGCGAUGAGGCCCAGAACUUUGCAAGUAACCGACCCUCGUAAGCCGGUGAUCGUGUAUACCGACGGAUCUCUUGAAGGGGACCAAGCCUUAUGGGGAGUCUUCUUGUGCGACCUUGAGACACAGGAGAAGUUCGUUUUGUCUGGACGAAUUCCUGAGGAAAUACGGAAGCACUGGCUUUUGACUGUUGGGGAGCAGAUCAUAUGUGAGAUUGAACUCUUCGCUGUCUUGUGCGCCAAAUGGAAGUUCGGAAAACGACUACGUGCCCGAAAGGGGUUUGUCUUCGUGGACAAUAACUCCGCCGUGGCCACGCUCAUCAAGAGAUCGAGUCAGUCGGAGGCCAUGUUCAGGAUUAUGGCUGUGGUCAAUGCGAUGGAUGCAGUGUCUCCUUUUGGGGCUUGGUACGAUAGAGUGCCAUCGAAAUCCAAUCCGGCAGAUUUGCCCUCCAGGGGCGAAUCGAAGAAGCUUUGCGACGCCUUCAGCGCGGUCGACCAGGGAAGUGUGGCGUUCCCUGAUGAGCUCUCGCGAUUCAUCAAGGACCCUUGUUUCUCCUUUGCUGCGCUCGAUGAUCUGUUGAAGGUGUAUGCUCAGCAUCACAUGUGA